AAAAGCUGCAACGUCAAAGGAUCCAUCGUAGUGCAUCUCUGGUUUCCAUCUAUAACAGAUUUCAAAAUGUGGAUACAUCAAGUACUGCGUAUCAUUUUGCUGGGGUGCUGUGGCUUCGUCUUCGUCUCUGGCGGAUCAGUUCAAACGGAAGGUACAACUGUUGCGAAUGAUGGCGAUAUGGUAACACUGUCCACCGAACUCAAGCCCCCGCCACUUCCGUCUGCGGGUGAACACCGCGGAAUCGUUUACCUGGUCAAUCAGUUCGGUGCCAGAAACAAAACUACUGACAUCUCCGAGGAAAAUGGUGAAAAUAUCCAGGUCGAUAACGGCCCGGAAAUCAUCGGACCCACAGCUUCUGCAAUUCUUAUUGACCAAGAAGAAAACAAAAAAAUCACUUCAGACGACUUGACCGGGAAUUUAGGAGAAGACUAUGCUACGGCUCAAAGUACCGAUUCGAAGAAAACGCCGAAAGAAAUUGGUGUCGAGACGAUUGUCUCUAAAAACCGUGAUGUCGCAGUGGGUAAACUCAAAAUGCUGAGGAAGAUUCGUAGCAAGAGAACUCCAUCCAGAAAAUGCUACUCCUGCGGAGGCGGAGGUGGUGGCGGAUAUGGUGGCUACCCAAAUCGUUCUUAUGGUAGAGGGGGUGGAUAUGGUGCUGUUGCAAUCCCCGUAUUUGUUGUACCUGUCGGCGUGUAUGGCGGCGGCGGCGGCGGAGGUUGGGGCAAAGGACACCACGGAGGUGGGGGCGGAGGUGGAAACUAUGGAGGUGGUGGAUAUUACCCAGUAGGAGGCGGAAGGGGUGGUGGCUCUCAAUCCUCGGCACAAGCUUCAGCUCAGUCGUCUAGCUGGUCGUAUUAGCCGAAAGGCAAAUUCGAGUUCACCGUGCCUUUGUGCGUGACGAAGAAUUACCGCUUCAAGUCGAGACAGGAAGUGCAGAAAUAACGAUGAACACGAUUGAUCAUUCAAUAUUUAUUAGUGCUCAAAACGAUUAAAAAAACGUAAAUAAUAAAGCAAGAAUUUUUAUUGUAA